AUGCUGAAUAUGGAAGCGAACAUUGACCUGGCGGAACUGCAGCCACUGGGGGAGUAUGACUUCGAGAAGAACUUCAAUCACCUGGCAGCCAGGAAAUGGAUGGAGGAGAAUUGGCAAAAGUCUUUCAUUAUUUCUAUUAUUUAUUUCAUCCUGAUCUUCGGAAUCCAACAUAUCAUGAAGGAACGGAGGCCCUUCAAUCUGCGUGUACCACUGGUCCUGUGGUCCUUCAGCCUGACUUUGUUCAGUAUCACUGCAGCCUGUCGGAUCUGGAAGCAGAUGGCCUUCAUCCUCCUUAACAAGGGAUUUAAGCAAUCAGUGUGUAGUAGAUCUUUCUACAUCCACCCUGUUUCCAAGCUUUGGAUGUAUCUAUUUGCACUGAGCAAACUGGUUGAAAUGGGUGACACUCUGUUCAUUGUUCUCCGGAAAAAGAAGCUCAUCUUCCUCCACUGGUACCACCACUGUUUCACAAUGAUUAUAUCCUGGUAUGGCUAUAACAUUACGACGAUUGGUAUGGGGUGGAACGCAGCCUUGAACCUCAGUAUCCAUUCUGUGGUGUACUCAUACUACACUGUGACAGCCAUGGGCUUCCGGGUACCCAAAUCCAUCAUGAUGCUAAUCACCACUUCACAGAUUGUGCAGAUGGCAGGAUUUGUAAUAAUUAACAUCUUUGGCUUCUUUUGGAAGAAUGAUAAGGGCUGCCAAAUUAGCUGGCCAAUGCUUCUUAUUCCAUUUAUCUUAUAUACCACUUUAUUGGCUCUCUUCUACAACUUUUUCAUGAAAACUUACCUGAGUAGCACACAGAAAUCAAAGGGGAAUUAA